CUUUAACUAGUGUCAAAAACAAGUUAAGCUUUUUAUUAUAGGGCAAAGUGGAUAAAGAUACAUAACCGACGUCGUGACUACAAGCAGCUCACUUCUUCCUUCCCCAACUUUUCCACCACCCCCAAAAUCCCCUCAAAAAAAUCCCUUUUAUUGAGUCAGUAAUUACAAAAAAAAAAACAAGUUAUUUGACCCAGAUUUUAGCAAUGGAUAUACUCCCAGAUGAAAUAGUAUCUGAAAUCUUGCGGCGAUUACCCGUAAAAUCAAUCCACCGUUCAAAAUCCGUUUCGAAACGUUGGUAUUCCAUAAUCUGCAACCCACAAUUCGUGAUUUCCUACGUCUCGAAAUCUUCUUCUUCUCCGCCUUCACUUCACAUCAUCGACCGUUUCAUCCUUAUUUCUCCCACAGACUCUGUGGUGUCGACUCAGUUGGAACUCGUUUCUGCUCCAAAUGUAGGUACGUUCACUAUUAACCCGACCCUUUUAUUAUCAUCUCAAGAAAUUCCAACUUAUGUUUCGGAUUUCCCUAAUCUUUUGCUUCAACAUCAUAAUGGACUCUUAUUGUUUUCUAUGGAGACUAAAAGAGAUAAUAAGAACCAGAAAACCCGAACUCGCUUUUCUCAUUUAUUUGGGGAUAGUUAUGAUAAGGAAGAUGCUUUGUUGGUAUGCAAUGUUUAUAGCCGAGAAUGGGUACGGAUUCCGGCACCCCCUCACCCGUUGGACCAAAGACAAUGUGUCGGGUUUAUUACCCGGAUGGAUGAUCAUGACUUGGGGGUUGUGAGUAAGUUUGUUGUUGUUGAGUACCAGCAUUUGAUUCCAACAAAUGGGGCAAUGCUCAUGUGCUUUUCGUCGGAUACGGGUAGGUGGGUUGUCAAGGAGGCAGAAUAUUUGCUUGGGUUGCAGCAGUGGAGGGCGGACUGGGCGUUCACUUUUAGGGGGAGGUUGUUUUGGGUGGUGGUGAGUAUUGGGAUUAUUGUUUGGGAUGAAGACCCUUUUUGUUCUUCGGAGAAUGAGAGAAAGGCGGUGUGCCGUCUUAUUCACCUCCCACUGGGAUGUGCUAGGCCUGUUUGUACAGUUGACUUGAUGUCUAGGCGUAGUGUUGGUGUUAGUGGUGGGUUCAUUCAGUUCAUUGAGAUGAUCAUGAGUGGAGAGACAGUGUUGGAGCUGUGGAGGCUUUCGGAUUUAGAGUCUGGGGAAUGGGUCUUGCUGCACAAGGUAUCGCAGGAUUACUUAGUUGAUUAUUUGUAUCAUCAUCUGACACUUACCUUGCCUCAGAUUUGUUUUUUGCAUCCAUUUCAAUGUGAUACUGUGUUCUUCCAAACGGGUGCUUAUGCCUUUUCGUACAAUCUGAGGACUGGGAAGGUUGUUAGUAUUUCCAAGUUCAUCGGAGAUGGCCAGUUUUUACCGAUUGUGCUUCCCACUUGGCCGACAUCCAUACCUCCACGCUUGUAUGCUGCUUAUGCAAAAGAAGAGGGCAAUGGAUUAUUCAAGGGUGGAAAUUUUGAUGAAGCUAUAAGCUCCUAUUCUAGGAGCAUUGCCCUGUCAGCAAGUGCCCAAGCCUAUGCAAAUAGGGCCUUGGCAUACCUGAAAGUGAGUCGAUUCUCUGAGGCAGAGGAUGAUUGUAACCAUGCCUUAAGCUUAGAUGGGGACUACGUGAAAGUGUACAAACGGCGAGCAAUAGCCAGAAAAGAGCUUGGUAAUCUUCAAGGUUCCAUGGAUGAUAUUGGAUGUGUCUUGAAACUGGAACCAAACAACCAAGAUAUGAAGAAGCAAUACAGUGAAAUCAAGUCCUUGCUUGAGAGGGUUGGACAUCCAUUGUAUCAGGAGCAGGCAUGAAGCGCGGUAUGCAAAGAAGAUGAUGCUGAUGAUGCUGGAGGGGCAGCAUUUGGCAUGAACAUGGAGGCCGGAUAACCACUCUGCAAAUAUGUUUUUUGAUUAAAUACGAUAGAUGCUAAUGUUCCCUGUACAAGAAGAAAUAUUCAGCUUGGCUCUUUAGGUUUUAUAAUGUACCCUGGUAAUUAAUCUAGAUGUCAACUGAUUGACAAAAUUUUGUACUAAUUAAAGUAGACUGAGUUAGUUAAUGUUACACUCAGUGUAGCAUUUAGCCUACUGAUUUGGUGAUGAUGUGCAUCUCUGAAGAGAGGAGAGUUUGAUUCUUCUGAUCUGACAAAGGAAUUGAAGAUGUUAAAUUGUGUAUGGAGUUGUCAAACAUAGACUCUAUCUGUUUUA